CGGCUAAUUACACAUUUCAAGGUCUGCGGGUUAGUUUGCACAAAGAACGGCACGAAGCCGUUAUCGCUUUUACUGUUUACCGCAGGACUAUGUCAACAAUGGCAAUUUGAUAACCGAUCAGAGCGUCUGAAAACGACUGUGGCGGGUAAAUUUGGAAAACUGAGCAGAUUCCGCUGAUAUAAACUGCAAUCAUUGCAACAGAUGCUAAUUUUCAAGUGGACUGAAACGUGCAACAUCCGAACUCGAAUAAAAUGAAUGGAUCGCUGCCAUUGGCAAAUCAGUCCUACGCGGCCAAUGCCUCCGUUGCAGCUAGUGUAUCUCCUCCUAUCGCUGCUUUCAGUCAGCUUGCAACGUAUGGACUCUGCCGUCUGGUUCAACCGGAAAACGCAUCGGCAGUCAAUGCGCUAUCCUGUUUGCCAUGGACCUCGUACACCGCCUCGGUUGGAAUAUUUGUGGCUUUGUUCGUAAUCGGCAUCGGUCAGUGUUUGGUCUCGCUGGUGUGUCGGUAUGGGUGCAUGGCAUUACUCAACAGCAUCGGAUCUUUCCUGCGGACAACACUCAAGCAAAUUGACUGGCGAGGACUGGCUGUUUUCGUGCUGAGUUUCACCUCGCUCUACUUCAACUUUUUCCAACCAUAUUUCGGAAGUGACUUUGUGAAACUGUCUCAGGGAUGGUACUACAAAACGCUGCCCGGCACUAGAUUCUGGAUUGAAGAUGAUGUCUCAAUUAACGCUGCGCUUUUGCUGCUGCUGUUCUUAAACCUAGUGAAUUACAGACCGUGCGGAAUUACUUCCACCACUGCCGUAGAAAGUCACGAAAAUGGAAAAAAGGAAGAAGGUUGUUGCAAAGAACCGACAUGCCUCGCAGAACGAAUAUGGAGCGCCAUUCGCGACUGGGAAUGCUUCGCUAGUGUCGCCAAUAUACCGCUCUUAUAUUACGAAAUAAUCAUUAUUGCUCGCUGGCCCAUCGAACCGCUGUCGUACUGGAACGUUACAGCGACCAGUCUACAGUUUUUACGAAUUUUUUGUUUUACCUGGUUAUGCGACGAGAUCAUUCGCAUCUUCCGGAAACUACCAAUCGCCGCAGGCACGGUCAUGCGCCGAAUAACCUGGAUUGUAUGCUCGUUUCUAAGCCUAACUGCCUGGGUCCAACUGGUGGAAACACUGGGUGAUCCUUGGUUAUCAACCUACACAACGCCGAAAGAUCUAACGUACGGAAAACUAGUGGCGUUUCUAUACGGCAAGCUUGUGUUCCUAGAUUUAACAUCAGGGCAGCUGGAAACCACAAUAGGCAGAAUUUCGGUUUACGUUGCCCAGGCGGUUACUCUGAUUUUCUUGGCACAAAUUAUACCGGAAAUGUUCAAGCAACUGCCGAAAAUAUUGCGCAUACAUUCUUUCAGCGCAGUUUAUACCAGAAAGGACACCAAGUUUAUUUUACUGCUUGGUUCGGUCAACUCUGACGCUGUGGAGAAGUUUGCGGAGAGGUUUCGUUCGACCAAUCCUAAAGAAAAAAUCGUUGUACUUGUGGAUCCCACCACUAACGAUGCUGCCGUCGAAGAAAUGCACACGGUAGCUGGAAAGCACAAAGACAGACUGAGCGUUAUUUCCGGUUCGCUUUUUGAGAACGAUGAUCUAAAGAAUCAAGUUUUCGAUAAUUGUCAGUGUGCCCUGUUUUUCGCCAACGAAAACGCGUCUAAUUUUGCCGAAGAAGACCACUGCAAUUUCCUGCGGGUCAAUAAAAUGAAGCAACGCCACCGCAACACGAGGGUGAUUGUCAAAAUUCUUAUGUUUGAAAACAAGGAAAAAUUUUACCAUAUUCCAUUUUGGCGCGACAAAAGCGAUCCAGCGACCAAGCAGCAGGCCGAUCAAAUAAUCUGCACAGCAGAAUUCCAGUUUGCCCUUUUGGCGCAGCGCUACUUUGCACCCGGGUUUCCUCAGCUGAUCAAUCAGUGGUUUGGCGAAGAGAAAGGUCCCACUGUGAAAGCAGUUACCUUGCCGGUACCAACGGCAGUUGCAGCCCCUGCGAACACACCCAAUAAUGACAUGCGCGCCGGAUCUUCCACUUCAACGGCACCGGCUGUCAAUCAAGCAGAGUCAGUUGUUAACGUGGAGUCUAAUUCUGCACGCAACAACAGAAGACGUGGAAGCCCAAUUGCGGCGCAACCCCGUGAAGAGGUGGCAUUAAUUGUGAUCGCACCUGCUGAACCGGCCCUUGCACCGUUGAAUGCGACGGCGGCGCCUGGUCGUACUAUUACCGGAAACUUGACCUAUGCUGAUGCACGGCGGACGUUUGAACGCCAGGGCACAUUGUUUGCCGUACUACAAGACGGUGAAUAUCAUCUGUAUCCUCAGAAGCAUCUUUUUCUGCAACCGGGCGCCAAAUGUUUCCUCAUUACCAAUGCAUCGAACAGCGAGCUGAAUAGUACUGCGCGCAGGUGGGCAAUGAUGCAAAAUGGAAAAGCUUCGUUAGCACGUGCCGGACAGAACGCAAUAGUCCAACCCAAUAAUCCCGUACAAGAUGACAGAGAUGCUAGAAGACGGAUUCGAAUUGCCUUGAGCACGGAUACUGAAUGUGUGGAAGAAUGCGGCGCCCAAAAUAUUGCUUGUGACAGCACUGGACAGUACUGGCGCUACCAGCUAGCCAAAGCCGAAACUUCGGUUAAGCUGCCGCACGAACUCGAAAACGCGCUGCCGUCCAAGCUGGAGCAGCAUAUCGUUAUUUGCGUUGUCUCCGACCGAGACCCCGCCCCCAUUGGACUGGUCAACUUCGUUAAGCCGCUGCGAGCCGUUCAUAUCAACCCGCCGGUAGUCGUUAUUCUGGCCGAACGCGAUUGUUUAGCCAAAGAAUGGCCCACCUUAAAGGAAUUUCCCGAUAUCCUUCUCGUUCAAGGAAAUCCAGCAGAUCCUAGCCAUCUACGUGCUGUCAACCUUCAAGACAGCCGGAUUUGUGUCGUGGUGGAUGCCAGCGAACUACCCAAAAAACAGUCAGAAAAAUGGAAGAAAUCAGAUGCGGAAGCCGAACUGAUUUGGCCGAUGUUGCCCAAACAUUUCUACCGGCAUGUCAAUGCCGUGCUGGUGACGGCAGCCAUUACGGAGUACCUGAAAGAGUUUCGCAAUCAGACAUUGCCAGAAGAGAUUCUCACAUGCAUUCAUCACAAAGCCAUUGGUUUGAUUUCCUGGGACCAAAACGAUCCAACCUGUGCUCAAAAACCCAGAGUUACCGAGACAUGCACGGCGCCAAGUUUUAUUGACGCACUCAUGCUAAAGUGCUACGAAGAUGUGGACAUUUUCAACUUGACCUUACUCCUCAUACUGGGUGGCUUUAAGGAGGUUUCCCGAGAUUUCGAGAGUAAAGACUUUCGCGGGUGCCCUUUUAGCGGAAACCAAGCAACACUCAGCAAAUUGUCGCCAGUGGGUAACGUUCUCAAAAAGUAUGAUCCGAGUACUGGCAAGAGUACUGGCAUACCCACUCAAAAUCCCCAACAGAACCAGGAUGUGGAGAUCGAUUUCAACCUCGGAAACGAUGAGACAUCGGAGGCACUUUGUUCACGUCUCGCGGAGCUUGGAUACUUGGUUAUUGGUAACCAACCAAUAUCGUCUAAAAGGGUUAAUUCGGUGCUCGCCAAGGAUAACCAUUAUUUUACACUGGAGAAGCCAUUUUACGUUAAAGCCCGACAGGAACUUUUCGCCCAUAUCAAUGGAGGAGCAAAUUCGCGCAUAAAUACCAGCGAACAACUGCGCUUACUGGCCGACCUGGAAGCACUGCCGACUUUCAUCCUCAAGGCCGUUGAAGAAGAAAGCAAGGGAAUUCCGGGGCUCACAAAACCUGACUGCUAUCCUCACUGGCUGGUUGUGUACUACAGAAUCAUGGAGAAAGUCCUUCGCAACCCAGACUUGCUGCAAGGAAGAGGAUGCACAACGGAAACAGAGUUGCCAAAUCUGAUCAAGUCACUUGAAUAUCAUACCCUUACGAGAGCGGAAGAUUCAACAGUUGGGGAAAUUCAGAAAACAACGUGGAGGCUCCCUAAUGCCAUUCUAACCUACGUUAUCGCCGUGUAUUACCAUAAAUACGCCAAAUUAAAACCGUCAGUGAUAUCUACGAUACCGGUCGACAUCUUUUUUUGGAACGUUGAGUUCCCCAAACCUCGUAGGUGUCUGUCAUGGGAAGAUUUGACUUUUAUUUUAAAAUAAUGUACUUUUUAUUUUUUAUACAACAUUCUGUCUGAUUGCACCACAAAAAAAAAUUUACAGCGUUCCUUUUUAUGUUAGUACAGCACAUGAAUCUAAUAAUGGUGAAUAAUAAAAGCAUGCCGUUGAA